UUCCACCAGUUAUUCCCCCAGGAAUUGUUUCAGGGACUCCUCCAGAAAUUCCUCCUAAUUCUUCCAGAAGAUUCCUUCAGAAUUCCAUCCAGGAAUUUCUCCAGGGUCUCCUCGAGGAAUUCCUCCAGGAAUUUUGCAGGGCAUUUUUUCAGAAGUUUCUCUCAAUCCAUCCAGUAAUUAAUGCAAGAAUUCCUCCAAAGAUUCCUCCACGAAUUCCCAAAGGAAUUCCUCCAGGGAUUCCUUCAGGCAUUCCUCCAGGGGUGUGAAGAAUUAGCAAUAAGUUAAAAUUCACAAAUACAAAGAAAUUAAAAAAAAAAUUCCUCCAGGACUUUAUCCCGGAAUUUCUCCAGGAACUCCUCUAGGUGAUACUCCAGAAAAUACCCCUAGAAUUUUUUCAGGAAUUCCUCCAACAAUUUCUCUAGGGAUUGAUCCGGGAAUUGUUUCUGGACAUCCUUCAGAAAUUAUGUCAGAAAUUUCUCUAGGAAAUUUUCCAAGAUUACCCUCAAGAAUUUUGCACGGACUCCUCCAGGCAUUCAUCUAAGAAUUUCUCCUGAGAUUCCUUCAUGAAUUGCUUCAGGGAUUUCUUCACCAAUUCCUCCAGAGAUUUUUUCAGGGAUUCCUCUAGGAUUCCUUUGAAUAUUCUUCCAGAAAAUUCUCCAGAAAUUCCUUUUUUCCAGCAAAACCGCUAGGGAUUUCAUAAGAACCUUUUCCGGGAAAUUCGCCAGGAAUACCUUCAGGAAUUUUUCAUGGAUUCCUCCAGAUACUCCUCCAGGAAUUCCUCUAGAGAUUUCCCCAGGGAUUUCAUCACAAAUCCCUUCAAGGAUUUCUCCAGGGAUUUCUUCAGGAAUUCUUUCGAGAAUUUCUAUAGGAAUUCCUCCAAAAAUUUCGCUAGAAAUUCCUCCAGGAUUUUCUCAAGGGUUUUUUUUUCAGAAAUAUAAAAAUAAUAUACAACUCCCAGAAUUCCUCUGGAGAUUCCUCUAAAAACUUAUCCAGUUAUUCUUUCAUGAAUUCCUCUAGAAAUUCCUCUAGGAACUCCAACGGGCAUUCCUCCAAGAUUUUAUCCAGGAACUUCUCCAGGAACUUCUCCAGGAACUCCUCCAGGAAAUACCACAGGAAUUGCAUCCUUUAGAAACUGUGUCAGCAAUUCCUCUAGGGAUUCUUCCAGGCAUUUCUCCAAGAAUUUCUCUGGAUUUCCAUCAGGGAUUGCUUCAGGAAUUACUCCAGAGAUUUUUCCAUGAAUUUUUCCACGGUUUUUUUCAGGGAUUUUCCCAUGGAUUCCUCCAGGAAAUCCUUCGAAGAUACCACUGGGAAAUCCUCCAAAAGUUCCUCCAAGGAUUCUUCCAGGAAAUUCUCUAUGGAUUUCUUCAGAAAUUAUUCCAGGUAGUUGAUUGAUUUAGCUAUAUCAGAAGAAUAUAGAAGCCCUAGGCUGGUUCGUAUCUUUCCAGGAAGUUCUCCAGGAAUACCUUCGUGAAUUUAUCAUGGGUUCCCUUAGGUAUUCCUUCAGCGAUUUCUCCACAAAUUUCUUCAAGGAUUCCCCCAGAGAUUCCUUAAGGAAUUCCUUAGAGGAUUUUACCAGGAAUUCCGCUAGAAAUUCCUCCAGAAAUUCCUCAAUGGAUAUUGUUCAGAAAUAGAAAAAUUACAGAAAAAUAAAUAUAAAUCUCCCAGAAUUCCUCUGGAGAUUCCUCUAGAAACUCAUCCAGUAAUUCUUUCGAAAAUUGUUUCUAGGAACUCUUCCAGCCAUUCAUCCAGGAUUUUAUCCAGGAAUUUCUCCAGGAAAAACACCAGAAAUUUCAUCAGGAAUUCCUCCAGAAAUUGCUCCUGGACAUCCUACAGAAAUUAUGUCAAGAAUUCCUCGGGAAAUCCUCUAAGGAUUUAUUCAGAGAUUCUUCCAGAAAUUUCACCAUGACUACUUUCAGGAAUUUUUCAGGUUUUCCUCCAGACAUUCCUCCAGGAGUUCUGCCAGAGAUUCGUCCAGGGUUUGCUUCAGAGAUUUCUCCACGAAUUUCUCCAGAGAUAUUCCCAUAGAUUACUCCAGGGAAUCCUCCAUAAAUUCCUCCAAGGGUUCUUGAGAAUCCUAGUGGAAUUUCUCAAGUGAUUUUUUCAGAAAUUCUCCAGCAAUUCCUCCCAGAAUUGCUUUGGAGAUUUCUCCUGGAUUUUUUCUAGGGAUUACUCCAAGAAUUUAUCCAGAAAAUUUCUCCAGGAAUUCUUGCUGGGUCUUAUCCAAGAUUUUUUUCAGGAAUUACGCCAGGAAUUUGUUCAGAAGUUUCUCCAGGCAUUCCUCCAGGAUUAUCUCUAGAAAUUUUCCCAGGAAUUGCUUUAGUGAUUCUUCCAGGAAUUCCUUCAGGCAUUUCUUGAAGAAUUCCUCCAAAGAUUCCAUCUGAAAUUUCUCAAAUAUUUCCACUAGGAAUUCCUCAAGAGAUUUCUUUUGAAAUUUUUCUAUGGAUACCUCCCAGAAUUCCUCCAGGAAUUUCUCCAGAAUUUCGUACAAGGAAUCCUUCAGGAAUUGAUCUAGGAUUUCUUCUAGGAUUUCCUCAUGAGAUCUCUUCAGAUAUUUCUCUAGGUAUUCCUCCCAUAAUUAAUACGGGAAUUCAUCCAGGUAUACAUCUAGAAUUAUUCCAGGGAUUCCUCCGGGAAUUCCUCUGGGAUUUUUUUACAGGGAUUCUACAAGGCUUCCUCCAGGCAUUUCUGUAGGAAUUGCUCCAGGAAUUAAUCCAUGUGUUUCUUCAGGGAUUUAUCCAGAAAGUUUUCCAUGGAUUGCUCCAUGAAUUCCUCAUGGAUGAUUUCUUCAGGCUUUUCUCUCAGGUUCGCUUUAAGAAUUCAUUUAGGAGUUCCGUCGAAAAUUUCCGAAGUCCUUCUAUCAUCUUUUCAGUGAAGUACCCAAGAACUUCUCCAGGAUUACCUGAUGAUUUAUUUUAAUUUUUCGAGAUUUUCUGGAAGAAUUUUUUCAGCGAAUAGUAUUGGAAGACAAUUUGAAAAGGAUUUAUACAGGAACUAAGAAAUUCUUAGCUAGUCCUCAAAAGAGUUCAGCUAUAAUUUCUCAUGAAUGUUUUGUAGAUAUUAACAAAAAAAAUCAGAGCAAAAUAAUGCACGAGUAAAUAAAAAUCCUUAAUCUUCCAGGAAUUGGCCACCGCUACCAGAAACACGUUGAUUUUUGUAGAUCUCUUUAUAACGUAUUGCGCGCAAAGUACAACAGAGUGACUGCUGAAGGGUUAAAUAAUGUCUUUAGAAUAUAAUAUUAUUAUAUCCAAUUUCAUCAUAUUGCGUUUAGUUAUGAACGUACUAGGUACAAAUUUGCUAAGGGGGCUUGCCCCCCCCUGACCGAAAAGCUGGCUACGCCCUUGUGCACAACAUUGCUGAUGUAACUAACAAACUACAAAAAAUACAGAAAACUACGAUUUUUUUUAGGAAAAAUAUACAAUGCUGUUAUAAUUUCAAAUUGUCAAUAUUCCAUAUAUUUGCGUAUUUAUCUAAAAUAUAUUUGCAGAACAUUGUUGACAUUAUUCGGGCAAAAACACUACAAAAAAUCAGGAAACUACGAAUAUUUCCGGCAAAUUUAUAAUUUUGUAAUAACAUAAGAUUGACAUAAUUCUGGUCAAAGAGCUACAAAUAAAUCAGAAACUAUUAAUUUUUCAAAAAAAAUACAAUUUUUGCAAGUUGAUCUCAAUUUCUAAUUCAUUUUAUGAUUUAAAAAUAUUUGCGUUGUACAUUCAAAACAUCUUUGGUUAACCAUAUUGAUAUAGGGUAAUUGUUCCCUUCGUUGUGGUAGUACCUAAUGUUGCGGUAGUGGCGUUUGAGCACUUUUUCGACUGAAAUGUUACCAAAAGGCAUUUUUAAUAGAUGUAUUAUGCUUUAAUAAUGAGAUUGCACUUUUUGUGUGCCUAAGAUUUGCCCAAAAAUCUAUUUAAAAAAAAUAUUUUCCUUAAUAUUUCUGCUGCAGUGUUCCUAUUGUUGCGGUAUCCCAUAUGAUUUCAAUGGGAUACCGCAACAUUAGGAACCGAAAUUAAAUUUUACCUCCAUAAUAGAAACAGUGUGCCUAUUGUUGUGGUAUGCGAUUUUUGAUCGAAAACAGAGAGAAACGAUAGUUUUCAUAUUUUUCCGGGCAAAUUUGGAUAGAAAACUACCUACUAACGUUUUGAAACCCUUUAUUAGAUAAAAAGAUCAUAUUUUUUUAAACUAAUUUACCUUAUUACCACAACGAUCGGCACACUUACCCUAGUUCUGAUCGAAAAACAACGAAAAAAUCGGAAAAAUACAAAUUUUUCGAGAAAAUUAUACAAUUUCGUUAUAACUUCAAAUUGAUCUCAGUAUUUCAUACAUUUAUGAAUGAAAAAAAUCCAAAUUUUUCCGAAGCAAAUUUGCAAACCAUUGUUUAUAUUAUGCUAGCUAAAGCACUACAAAAAUUAAGAAAAUUUCAAAAUUUUCCGAAAACAUACAUUUUGAUUAUAACUUAAAAUUGAUCUCAGCAUCCCAUACAUAUUAUGAUUUCAAUAUACAUAGUUGCACAUUUAUACAGAACAAGUAUUUUUAAAACUCGUAGUUUUCUGAUUUUUUGUAGUUCUUUGGAGAGAAAUCUAUCAACAAUAUUCUGCCAACUUGUUUUGGAUAAAUACGCAAAUAUUUUAAAAUCAUAAAAUGUAUGGGUAAUUAAAAUUAAUUUGAUGUUAUAUCAAAAUGGUAUACUUUUCCUAUAAAAUACGUAGUUUUCUGAUUUUUUUGUAGUUCUUUGAAGAGAAAAAUAUCAACAGUGUUUUGAGAAUUCGUUCCUUAGGUAUAUGCGCACAUUUUGAAAUAAAAAAAAUACAUUGGUCAUCGCGACCAAUCGCGACCAAUAAUAAUCUACAAAUUUGUUCUGGAUAUAUACGCAAAUAUUUUAAAAUCAUUAAAUGUAUGGAAAUUUGAAAUUAGUUUGAAGUUAUAACAAAAUUGUAUAUUUUUCCUGAAAAAUUCAUAGGUUUAUUGAAUUUUUUGUAGUUCUUUGAUGAGAAAAAUAUCAACAAUGUUCUGAGAAUUUCUUCUUCAUACGCAUAUACGCGCUCAUUUUAAAAUUGGCCAUCGCGAUAACUUUGAAGUUACAAAAGAAAAUAUGGUUUUCUCUGUAUUAUACGUUGUUUUCUGAAUUUUUUGUGGUUCUUUGGCCAGAUUUAUAUCGAUAAUGAUCUGAAAAAUUGUUCUGAAUAAAUACGCAAAUAUUUUAAAGUCAUAAAAUGUAUGGGAAUUCGAGAUUAGUUUGAGAUUGUAUGAUUUUCCUGAAAAAUUUGUAGUUUUAUGAAUUUUUUGUAGUACUUUGGCCAGAUUUACAUCAAUUAUGUUCUGCAAACUUGUUCUGGAUAUAAACGCAAAUAUUUUAAAAUUGGACGUUAAAAUUUUUAUAAAGGACCUGAAAUUCACUCCGAAGCGGUUUCUGUUUUGAUUUCUAGAAAAUUUAGGGCUAACUGAUCUUGAUGAAAUUUUCACCACUUUAUUUUUAUUAUAUUGUUAAUUCAUGGGCAAAUUUUCAGAUGUUUUAGAAAAGUAUCAAUAAAGUUAUAGCCUAAACCCUUUCCACAAUGAGUGUACAAGAAUCCCAAAACCUCGUUUUCUAGUGUCGGAGGUAUCUCCGCUAAUACCCAUACCAAAGUUAUAUUCAACACGUUGAAAAAAUAUCGCUUUUUGUACUCUGCAUUAGCUGGUGGUGGUGGCCAACCGCGCGAGUUACGGAAGGUUAAAGAACCCAAUUGUUAUUAAUGGUUUUUAUUUAUUUAAUUUGAAGUUUGAUCAUCAUUUAAUAGCAUCUAGUGAAAUAAUCAAUAUUUACUAAGGUAUUCGUAAUUAUGCAUUUAGUCAGGCUGCUCCAAAAACUAAAUAUGAAAAGGUUCUCUGGACAAACAGAAAGGUUUUGAGGCUUGAAAAUAUUGUUUAUUACUUACAUAUUUCACCUCCACCCCCUCGUAUUUUUGGCCAAGUCAGUCAAUAUACUUUCUUCAUAAAACUAUUAGAAUUUUUAAGUGAAAUUUGAAUCUAUUCAACAAAUACGAUGAGUUUUUCAUUUUGACAAAUUAUACAUGUCUUCUUAUUUUUUAAUCAUCUAAUUGAUAUUUUCCAUUAUACACGAGAUGGCCAACAUAUUUGGGAUAAGUAUUUUUUUUCCCUCAACAAAAAGUUCGACUAGCUGUAACUUCAGUGCUUGAAAAAUCUUUCAUAUCGACUCUUUGUCCAUAUGUUAUAUGUGCAUCAUUGGUACACAUUUGAGCUCCAUUGACUAAUCUUUCGCAAAGCUAGAACCGUUCUCGUUAAACACUAUUUUUUUGACAACAACAAAAAUUUUUGAUCUGCCAUUUCUUGGAAACUAGAAAACCGCGAAUCGAAAGUAAUUUUGAACGUUAAUCAAAAAUUAACUCAUCUUCAUAAAGCAAGUUUUGUAUUAGAAUUGAAUGAGACUAAAUGAUAUAUUUUCCAUUAAUAAAAUAUUUCAGUAAUACACAAUGACUCGUAGAUUCACAAACCAACAAAAAGCAGACUUUGCGCGAUAUUUAUUGCAACAUCCGGUCGAUUGUUUCGAUUUGGGCAUGGAUGAGUAUAUGGAAGUGUGCAGUUUGAUGAAAGUUGGGCCAAAUGCAGUGAAGAAGAAUAAGUUUGUUAAUCUCAUCAACAUGAAUCGAUUAUUAGGGGAGUUUAAGACAAACAAGGAAAAAUGGGUAAAAAUACUCAACAGCACUGCGAGUUCUACAACUGAAGAAAUCUUGGAAUUGGAUACAUUUGAAAAUCGCAACGAAAACUGCCGGUGUGAAGAUUGUUUGAGGCGUAGCAGUUGGAGUGGUGUACGAAGGUACAAGUUCAGUCAGUACGAAUAUAAAGCAACUGAAAUGCUUAUUGAAAUGCAACACGAGGAAUGGCUGAAGUAUUCAACCGUUGAUGGUCGGGGAAAUUUGAAAUUAAAACCUGGUAAGUAUUUUUUUUAUGUUCAUUGUGCUUAAAAUGUUAUACCCAUGCUUCCGUUUCCAAUUCAAAAUAUGAACUGUUGACUUUCAAUUAAAUUUAUAGGAUAUGCCGGCAUGAUCAUCAGUAGCUUGAAAAAAGCUGGAUGGCCCUGUAUGCCAGCUUGCAAAGAUAACUACUACUUGGCCACAGAAGAGUGCUUAAGAAUUGCGGUAUAUUGUACGUGGGGUGAUGAAAAUCCCUGUAAUUUGCUUCAUUUGGAUUACUAUCCGAACGACAAGCUCUGUAAUCAAGAAAAUGGAGCUAAGCGUUUUAAAGUUAAAAGCACCGAUUUACCAGUACGACACUGUACCAACACAUAUAAAGUGCCUCAGUUGCGAGGAGAAGCAAGAGCCACAGCACUAUGUGAUGCAUCAAAAAUGAUGCCAAAAGCCCACGGAAAUUAUCUAAUUGCGAAUUACGGUGAAGAUAAUUUCGUAAUGCCUCGGGAUAAAUGGCCUGUCUCGCAAUCAGUUUUAAAAAACCUUCGUGCUGAGUGGUUGAACCAAUAUCGCGUUACAUCGGACUUAAUCCAGCAACUUCUGCUGAUGUGGACAGCCGAGAAACAAAUGCCAUCAGUGCUUAAGCAGUCACAUGAAGAUUUUCGAUACUUCCAGUACCUUGCAAUCGGACCGGUCAAGCUCAUAUUAUUGUGUGACGAUCAAUUAACAAUUUUGAAGAAAGAGAAAGAAAGGUACGACGCAAACACAGCGAUGAAGCCACCGCGGUUUGCUAUUGAAAUGGAUGCAACUUCCGGUAUUUGUGCUGCUUUGAAGGGCUGCGAGGACAAAAGGAGGGAUAACUACGCUCUUGUCAGGCCAAUUCAAAUUCCGGGCGAUAACACAUCGACAAAAAUGAUCACAUCCUUCGCUGACUAUGUGAGCACUGAUCAGUCCAGCAGAAGUAUUUUCUUUUUUUUGAAUGAGUUUAAAGAAAACUUCAUUCGUAAAUUUGGAAAAAAUACAUGGCCACCAAUGAACGGUACAAUACAUUGUAAUACUGUGAAAUAUUUUGAAUUUUUAAUAUAUUUUUUUUCAUACUUAGCGAUAGUCAGCGAUUUCUGCUGGGCACAAAUUAAUGCGAUCCUCAAUCUAAGUGGGCUUGAUGUGGUGCAAUAUCUUAAUAUCAUGUAUGACUACACCUGCAAAUGCGAUGAAGAGCUGGAGAAGAGAGUUGACAGCACAAUCAUAUUAGUGUUUUUGUGCAUAACGCAUCUAUCUAAGAAUUUCCUAAAGGAUUUGGAAAAGUUGGCGGAACCAGAGGAAGUAAGUUCGUUGGGGAAUACACUAAACAGCAAAAACCACUGCGUACAUAUACAGGGGAUAGACAUAACUUGUCGAGAAGUGCAUCAAAUAUUCUCAAAUUUCUACUGUAAGUUCGUCAACUAGAUGUGUAUCAGUGGUCCAAAAUUAGAAAAGAUCGGACCAUUCUCCACGAAGCUACAAAGAAUCUUGAAAAAGGUAAAACUAUUUGAUAGCCAACUUUGAGCUAUAAUAUAUCUGGAUUCAAUAAACCGGUUGAAAUGAAAUUUCGACCAAUUAUGACUUAUAUAAUGAGCUAUGAAAAACCAUUGACUUAAAUUAAUAUUUUUAACACGGAAGAAAAUUAUAACGAUUAGAUUAUUUUUCUAAUAAAACACCAAAUUUCCCAAAAUAUCAACAUCGUUUCAAAAUUCAAGAUGCAAUUAUAGUUCAUUUAAUUCUCUCUAAUUGACUUGUAUAUAAAUGUGUUUUGAAGGAAAGUAACAACAUAGCUACCAAUAAAAGUUAUAGAAUGCAUAUUAAAAAUGGACCAACUUACUAAAGAAUCAUGAAAAAAUUAAAAUCGCUAUAAUUUUGUCUCUUGUUAAAAAUUUCAAGUUAAGUCAAAUGUUUUUCAGAAAUAAAUAUUUGUAACGGCCUUAUAUAAGUCAUAAAUGGUCAAAAUUUCAUUUCAAUCGGUUCAUUAAAUCCGGAGAUCUCAAAUUUGAACCACUGAUGCACAACUAGUUGAUGCACUCACAGUAAAAAUUUGAGAAUAUUUGAUGCUUUUUUUUCGAAAAGUUACAGCUAAUUGAACAUUUUUUAAAAAGUGAAAAUUUUGCUUGUCCCGAUCAUUUUGUCUAUCUCCUGUAGUUCUGCGUAAACAUUGCCAUCAUCAAAGCAAUAUUUGAUAUUAUAAUUCGAAAUUUCAUGAAAUAUUUUAAAAAGCAGACGGUUAUGGCUUUCUCAGCUAUUUACGCUGUUUAGUGGAUUUUUUUAAAUUAUCGUACAAAUUGGUACGAAGGUUUUCAGAAUACAAUGAAUUUUUUUUUCAGAGGUAGGGUUUAUAUACACUCCCGAUCAAAAGUUUGGGGUCACCCCCUCAAAAACAUGACAUUUGUUUAGGCCCAUAUCUCCGCCGCUUUGCGUCCGAUUUCAAAACCCUAGGUCUUAUUCGAAAGAUUAUAAGUCAGAGUUACUUUGAACAUGAUUUCGGUGAAAGUUUUUCGAACAUUUUUGUAUGUAAACUUAACCCAAAGCCAAAAAGAAUUAAAAUUGAAUUAUAGAUGACGAAGAUAACACCAAAUCAGUUUUACAUGUUUUACGACAGUGACUCCAAACUUUUUGCUGAUGAGAGGUGCCCCCAAACUUUUGGUCGAUGACAUUAGGAGGUAAUUUACUUUAUAUUUUUUUUCCUAGAUUUUUUAGCCAAGUUCGGUAAAAGCAGUUGAAAGCUUAUAGGAAAUAGGUUAUAUUGCGACUCUCAUCUUAAAGUUUGGUCGACCCAAUCUCCAACGACACUGCCGUAAGUUUAUAUUGAUUUUUUAGAAAAUUUGGCAACUUUGGGUUAAGUUUACAUACAAAUAUUUUUGAAAAACUUUCACCGAAAUCAUGUUCAAAGUUACUUUGACUUAUUUUCUUUCGAAUGAGACCUAGGAUUUUGAAAUCGGACGCAAAUUGGUGGAGAUAUGGGCCUAAAAAAUGACAUGUUUUUGAGGGGGUGACCCCAAACUUUUGAUCGGGAGUGUAUAUAUGAACAAACUAAAUUGAAAAAAAAUCAGGGUCACCCAAUUUUCCGGAAAACUUCAGGGAAAAGCAAACAUUUUCCACAUAUUCCACAUACUUAGAAAAACCAUAACUCAACAACAAAGCAUCGUAGGCACAGUUUUUUUUUUGUGAAAUCAUAAGCAAAUUUUCUCAGCAAUAAAAUAAAUACAAAAUGAAAAUUUUUUCCAAUAAAUUUUCCACUGAUGAGGAAAAUCGGUUGGAAAAGUUUAUUUCUUUUUUUAUGUCCAAUUUUAAGGAAAUUGUCCAGAUGUUUUCUUUGAAAAAUCAUAACUUAAAAAACAUCGUAGACACAAUGAAAUCGUAAACAUUUUUUUCAGUGACCCACAAAAAAUACAAAAUAAAAAUUGCUUUCCACAAUUUUUUCCACUGUUAAAGAAAAUUGGUUUGAAAAGUCGAAAAAACUAUUUACGAAAAAUUCCCAAAACAUUUUUUUGAAAGAAAUUUCAUAUGCUAUAUUCUGUGAAAUUUUCAAGAUGUGUUUUUUUUUGUGCCUGACCAAUUUUGUGGAAAUUGUCCAGAUGUUGGUUAUUAAUUUGCUCAAAAUGAUCAUUACUCAGGAAAGAAAAAACAACACAUCUUGAAAGUUUCACAGAAUAUAGCGUAUAAAAUUUCCAUCCAAACAUAUUUUUUUUAGAAUUUUUUGUAAAUAGUAUUUCCGACAUUUCUAACCGAUUUUCCUCAACAACAAUUCAUUAAAUUCUGAUAACCUUCGUACCAAUUUGUACGAUGAUAAAAAAAACCCUCAAGUCACUGUUAUUACGAUAUAUUUCAGAUCAAAACCGUUCUAAAAGUUAUUUUCGUGGCAAUGGUCCACAGCCGAGAUUAUACAGAUGUUUUAAAAUAUUUCGAAGUGAUGGUGAAAGUCUUGAGUGAUCCAGACACAGAUGUGGAACUGACGUUGAAGCAUCUCAACUAUGACGAAGCAGACGCAUUCAUGCAGCAGGCUAACGAUUGCGAAGAAAAAACCUUUGAGAAAAUGAGCGAUCCAAUUUACAAGCGGUCGCCGUUUUAUAAAGAUGCUAAGACAGUUUAUGAAAACGCAAUUGAUGGUAAAACGACAAAACAAAAUCAAAAUUUCACUUUGGAAUUUAUGAAGCAGUACAUGGCACUGGUUCCUCUGUGGACAGCCAUUUGCCAUUUACCGAAAUCAUCCUCUCAUACAGAAUUCCCAACGAAGUUCCGUUUCAACACCAACAAUAUAGAAAGUCACUGGUGUGAAGAAAAAGAAGCUUUAAGAUCUGCGGUGUUGGAUGUGGGAAAACUUCCGAUCCCAGUUGAUCGCUUUGUGAGGGCAAAAAAGGAUGAAACAAGAGCUGUAAUUAUACGUUACAGAAAUGCCAUCCCAAAAAGCAGACUGAACUGCCGGCCGAAAAGCUAUAGAAAGCCAAUUGGAAGUGAUGUCCCAAAAAGUAACUCGGAAAUGUCAGAAAAGGAUAUAGUAAAUGCCGAAUCGCAGUGGAAACGAGUUCCCAAGCGAGAUCGUACACCGCAGAACACUGGACUGGCUUCGAAACGGGCGCGCAAAAGGUUGUUCGACAGAAGUGUGGAAGACAUCGAACUCAAACCUUCAAUCAAAACCUUUAUUGAACUUAAAACAAAGCUUGAUUCAAACGCUCCAGGGAAACAAUAUUUCAUUGGUAGACUGGUCUAUCGAGAAAGGAUACAUUUAUUAGAUAUUCUGGACAUCCAAUGCUUGGCUGAUCAUACGGAGUUGUACGAGUCUACGGUUGAGUCGGCAUUAACUGCAGUGGGAGUGGACAAAAAAGACACGUACGUGUGCGAGUUCCAUGAAGGGCGCCAGCUAUAUGGAUUUGGGCUCUACGAAAAUUUCGAAUCACUGGAUAGCCAAACUUCGGCGCAACAUGUGAAAACAGUGGAACACAUAUUGAAGCACAAGAAGGUGAUUGUUCCAAUACUGCAUAACAAUCACUUUUAUCUGACAUUGGUUGAUUUUGCAAAGAAGAGGCUGGAGCUUUUCAACUCCUUGAAAACAACGACGUCUUUGACAGCGCAAGGAGUAUUCAACCGGUGGAUGGACGUUUUGUCCUUUCUGUGUGCAUCCUCUAAAUCACUAAAAAAUGUGAAGAAAAAUCAGCACACUUGGACAUACGAUGACAUUCCAACAACACAACAAAAGGAUGGUGUCAGCUGCGGAAUUUUUGUUUUUUAUUUUGCGGAGCAGCUAUUGAAUGCAUGCUGCCUCCACUGCACCACCUGUCAUAGGACUGCCGACUGGGACGAAUGUGUCGCCAAAAACAAGUCCGUCGAAUGCACCAUUGAGGAGGUGAACAAUUUUCACCACUAUAUGUCCCAAGACAAUAGUGGUGUACCAGCGCUCGUCAAAGAAAUGGAAGAGAAUGUCACUUUCAGUUGUUACACGAUUGAAUCGACCAAACAUAAUACAUGGAAUGGCGUUCGCCAACCGAUUUUGUCGGCCGGAUGCACACUGGAGACGGUGGACAUUUGUGAUGGGUGGCCUUGGUAUAUUGAGAUUACUCGUUGCGGAAUGUGCAAUACAACUGGGCUUUGUUCCGGUGGUGAUAGAAGUUCAAUUGAAAGACUAGUGAUGGGA